AUGACCAGCAGCCCGUAUCAUAUUUUACAGGGCAACCUCAAUCGCUCCGCCAGAGCUCAGGACCUGCUGAUCCAGAGCAUGGCGGAGCGGUUGACCCAUCUCGCGGUCGUCGCCGAGCCCUAUCGGGUUCCUUCGGUUCCCGACUGGGCGGGAGAUAUUGGCGGCCUGGUGGCCGUGGUCCAGCGUCGGUCAGCGGUGGGCGCUCCGCCCGAAUUCGACGUCGUACAGAAGGGUCGGGGCUUCGUCGCAGUCUUCUGGGCGGGCUUGCUCGUCGUCGGGGUGUACUUCUCCCCCAACCGGCCGCUCGCCGAAUUCGAGUCCUUUCUCGACGAACUCG